GAAGGGGUAACUGUGUGGUCAGGGAACUGCUGGCUGGUGCGCAGCUUCGCAGUUCUGUGGGAGCUUCUGAUCCCAGCUCACAGCCCCUCCGUCCCCUGCCCAAGAUGAUGAUUCCAGCAGUGAUCUUGCUCUUGCUCCUCUUAGUUGAACAAGCAGCUGCCCUGGGGGAGCCUCAGCUGUGCUAUAUCCUGGAUGCCAUCCUGUUUCUGUAUGGUAUCGUCCUCACCCUGCUCUACUGUCGACUCAAGAUCCAAGUGCGAAAGGCCAGCAAUGAGAAAUCAAAUGCUGUUUACAUGGGCCUGAACACCCGGAACCAGGAGACUUAUGCGACUCUGAAGCAUGAGAAACCACCCCAGUAGUUUUAGGACAGACGUCCUCCCUCAUAGUCUUUGGCUUCUAAUUCUCUUCCAAGCUCUCAUGACUGGCAUCAUGUAUGACUUCAUUUUGUUAGUGCCAAAUGACCCUCCCAUGUAAUUAUGCUAGCUCCAACUUAAAACCCAUUAGUACCUUCUCCCUGUUAAAGAUGUAUGCUCAGAUGCUAUCCACUGGUAUUUACUUUUUCAACCCAUCCGUUUUCUUUUCCCCAUCUCCAACUUCCACUCAGUAAUGGAGAGGGAGUGCCCACAAUAAAACUGUCAUAUAUUCA